CAAACAAAAAACAACACAAAAAAAAACAGAUAAACUAGAACAUCUGUCGCCCACACUAUCAUCUUUUUCGUAUUACAAAAACUAUUUAUUUCCACUUAUAAUCUUUUAAAAAAAUAUAACAUUCCAAAUAUAAUGUCCAACAUGAAAAAACAUUCCAAAGAAAACCGUAAAACCAUUUCCACCAUCGAAACCCAUCGAACAUGUACAAUUCCAGUGAGAAAAUCUACAACAAAUCCAUGCACAGUAAUUAGACAUCCAAUUACCGCAAAUGAUUUGGGUGAUGAAUUGACAAAUCUCAUCUACUCGGAAGCUGCCAACAAAGAAAACACGGGUAAUUACGAUGAACCCAUUUUGAAUACAAUUCUAGCAUUGGGUCGACAAAUGCAAUCAUUGCAAUUGGAUAGACAACCAAUGCGAACUCUAAGUUCGAUUGACGAACUCUCACCACGAUCAAAAGCUGUUGUUAUUCCAAAGAUCUCAAAAAAACUAAACUUUCCCCAUGACAAGACUAUCUUUCGCAAUCUCAUUCCAAUCAAUGUCAACGACUCUAUUUUGUUACCGAAAAAGAAAUCAUCAAUUCGUAAAAAGUAUAUUGUAAAUCAUAAAGUUCCUACUCCCGAUUUGGGUGAUUUUUUGGAUCCAAUUGCACCACUGGAACAUAUUAUUCCCGAACCAGAUAUCGAUUUGAUACACGAUCCGAAUGAUAUAAAUUCAUUUGAAGAAUUUUAUGAAUUUUAUCGUGAUGUUAAUCCUCGAUGGAUUAGAGAUGAAUAUCAAUUAUGAUCUCAUGAAAGAAAUCUCAAUUUUAAUUAAUUAAUUAACUCUUUAAAGUACAAAUACAAAAAUAAAUGUGCGACAUUUUAUUUUGAAAAA